ACCUUAUCAAAUAUCGCAGAAACGCUUCAAUCAGUAAGGUUAGAAUGGGGAAUUGUGUCACGAAAAGAGGCCGUUCCCGAACUCUGCAACAAAUCCGACCUUUUUUCACGUAUUACGUCCCAGUUAACUAUUCUGAAUCGAUUCAUGUUACCAUCAUCAAUACUAUUACAAUGAUUUUCUCCAGAAUUGUUCGCACUCUCUCCCGCUCUUCUCGCUCCACUUUCCAAACAAAUUUAUUAUCGAGAAAUCUGUUAUCGAGCGAAUCGCAUGUCCCUAGGCCUGUAGGAAAUGCGUUGAUUUCACGCGUCAAUCAAGGUUUAGGGCUUGUAAGGGGUUAUUUUGCACCAGCUGGAACUGGGAAGCAGCUCGUUUCAAGUACGCCAUUGUCGAAUUUGGAUUCGAUUCUAGCAAACCCUAGGAUUAGGCGGUUUUUCUCCAGUGAAGGACCCAAGAAAAGAAAAUAUGAAAAUUACUACCCAAAGAACAAGAAGGGUAUUGCUAAUGAACAGAAAUCUGGAUCCAAAGAGGAUUCUGAUCCUGGCAAUUCCCAGAACAUUGCAAAGUUGAUGCAGCAUAUGGUCACUGCUUUAUUGUUGGUUGGGUUUUUGUACUCGACAUUUUCAGGUCCUCAUGAUCAGAAGGAGAUUAGUUUCCAAGAGUUCAAAAAUAAACUCCUGGAACCUGGCUUGGUGGAAAAAAUUGUUGUUUCAAAUAAAUCUGUUGCAAAAGUUUAUGUGAGGAGGUCACCACACAAUGCAAAUCAAACCAUUGAUGAUGCUAUAGAAGCUUCAACAAAUGAAGCCUCUGCAGGAAGAAAGAUAAGCCAAUAUAAGUACUACUUUAACAUAGGGAGUGUUGAAUCCUUCGAGGAGAAGCUAGAGAAAGCCCAAGAAGCAUUGGGGCUAGAUCCUCAUGAUCAUGUUCCUGUAACUUAUGUGAGUGAAGUGAACUGGUACCAAGAGUUGAUGCGCUUUGGACUGACAGUCUUGCUCUUAGGGUCCUUAUGGUUUAUGGGGAGAAAAAUACGAAGUGGAUUUGGAGUUGGUGGUUCUGGGGGCCGAGGUGGUCUUGGAAUAUUCAAUAUGGGAAAGGCGCAUAUUACAAAAAUGGACAAGAAUACAAAGAACAAGGUCUUUUUUAAAGAUGUUGCUGGUUGUGAUGAGGCAAAGCAAGAAAUUAUGGAGUUUGUGCACUUCUUAAAGAACCCAAAGAAAUAUGAGGAAUUGGGAGCUAAAAUUCCCAAAGGUGCACUUCUUGUUGGUCCUCCUGGCACAGGGAAGACACUUCUUGCAAAGGCAACUGCUGCUGAAUCUGGGGUGCCUUUCCUCUCUAUGUCUGGAUCAGAUUUUAUGGAAAUGUUUGUUGGUGUUGGGCCGUCAAGAGUGAGAAGCUUAUUUCAAGAGGCAAGGCAACAUGCCCCUAGUAUCGUAUUUAUUGAUGAGAUUGAUGCAAUAGGUAGAGCAAGGGGCCGUGGAGGCUUUUCACGUGGCAAUGCUGAACGCGAAAGUACUCUUAAUCAGUUGCUUGUAGAAAUGGAUGGAUUUGGAACAACUUCUGGAGUCGUUGUGCUUGCUGGCACAAAUAGGCCUGAUAUUUUAGACAGAGCCCUGUUGAGACCUGGUCGGUUUGAUCGUCAAAUUACAAUUGACAAACCUGACAUUAACGGUCGUGACCAAAUCUUUCAAAUAUACUUGAAGAAACUAAAACUGGAUAAUGAGCCAUCUUCUUACUCUCAGCGACUUGCUGCUCUAACCCCAGGUUUUGCUGGAGCCGACAUUGCAAAUGUUUGCAAUGAAGCAGCAUUGAUUGCUGCAAGGAAUGAAAGUGCAGUGAUAACCAUGGAACAUUUUGAGGCAGCCAUAGACAGGGUGAUAGGUGGUUUAGAAAAGAAGAACAAGGCUAUAAGCAUGUUAGAAAGGAGAACUGUUGCUUACCAUGAAUCAGGCCAUGCUGUUGCUGGUUGGUUCUUGGAAUAUGCAGAACCAUUGCUUAAAGUAACAAUUGUUCCUCGUGGUACUGCAGCACUGGGGUUUGCUCAGUAUGUUCCCAAUGAAAAUCUCCUGAUGACCAAAGAGCAGCUUUUUGAUAUGACUUGCAUGACGCUAGGUGGUCGAGCUGCAGAGCAGGUUAUGUUGAGGAAGAUUUCAACUGGAGCUCAGAAUGACUUAGAGAAAGUAACCAAGAUGACCUAUGCCCAGGUGGCAGUGUAUGGUUUUAGUGACAAGGUUGGUCUUCUUUCUUUCCCUCAAAGGGAUGAUGCAUUUGAGAUGACCAAGCCUUAUAGUAGCAAGACCGGUGCAAUUAUUGACAGUGAAGUGAGAGAGUGGGUGGGUAAGGCAUAUGAACGAACGGUGCAGCUGAUAGAGGAGCACAAAGAGCAUGUGGCUCAGAUUGCAGGAUUGCUUAUAGAGAGAGAGGUCCUUCACCAAGAGGACUUGGUUAAGAUACUGGGGGAACGUCCAUUUAAAUCAAGUGAGCCCACUAAUUAUGAUAGGUUUAAGCAAGGGUUCCAAGAAGAGUACAAGGAAUCCAAGGAGGCAACGGAGGGCAAAAUUGUGGUGGAUGAUGGUUCAACACCCUUGGAACCUGAGGUUGCGCCUGCAUAAUUUUCUAACAUUAUAGGUUAAUUUGCUCAUUUUGCGUCCCCUUCUUAUCCAAACUGAACUCUAAGCAGUAAAAUGGAAAACAAAAUGCCUAAUCUGAAAAUGAAAUGUUCUUUCUGGAAUUCUUUGAUAUAUCAAGAGGCAUCUCGCAAUUUGCAAAGCGAAAGUGAAUUUUCGAUAUAAGCCUACGGAGCUCAAUGGAGUAGUAGCUUGUUAUUUUAAGAAUUUGUCCUGGCCAAAUUAACAAAUGAAAGGACUGAUUGUCUGAUUCUACUUUCUGUCUCAGGCUCUCAGCCUAAUGACCUUUUAGGUAUAGUCAUACAUGAUUGAUUCAGAGAAAGAAAAUGAUUGAAAAACUCCAAAUAAGCGAAUGGACAGCGGUGAUUGCAU